AUGGAUUAUCUGGUUCGGUUCGCCCAACUCCAUGAGACCUUCCGACGGCCGGAACUCCAAGCCUGUGCCACACUCGCAGGAGUUGACCUUGAAAUUAUCACCUACUGUGAAUAUUCACCAUAUUGUGUCAUAAGACUACCAGACGAAGCUGCAGCACGGGCAGUUGCCAAGCGCAGUAUCCUGGUCAAGGAUAUCUUCGAGCUAUGGGGCGAAGGCACCAAUUAUGAAGAGUUACAUGCGGAUGUCUGUCGACGAACCCAGCAUCGCUGGAACGACUACAAUGCUGUCACAUGGAAAUUCACGAUUGACUACUUUGCAGGAACGCGCACCAAAGUUGAGAAAGGAGAGAUCAUGCGAUCAUUCCAAUAUAUGGGGUUCAAAGGCCCGAUCCGGCUAACAAACCCCGAUGAAGAGUUUUUCGUGAUGGAAGAAUAUAUCGAUGACGUUGAAGUCUCUGCACUGGGCGUUACGCGAACAAAAGAGCCGCGGAAGAUUUACCUCAGUCGCAAGAUUGCCGACAGCUCUCGCGAGAAUGUGGUCAAAUACGAUCUCAAGAAGCGUCGUUAUAUUAGCACGACUUCUAUGGAUGCGGAGUUGAGUCUCAUUACGGCAAACAUGGCUCUUGCAGCACCUGGAAAACUGUUCUUCGAUCCGUUUGUUGGAACUGGAAGUUUCAUAGUUGCCGCUUCGCAUUUUGGAGCUCUGACCCUGGGCGCAGACAUUGAUGGCCGCAGUUUCCGUGGCAAAGAGGGUGGAAAACUGGGAAUACUCGAGAAUUUCGAGCAAUAUGGGCUCAAGAGUAAAUUUAUGGAUACGCUCACUUCUGAUCUUACCAACACGCCACUGCGGAGAACUGCUGUUCUUGAUGGUAUUGUCUGCGAUCCGCCAUACGGUGUGCGUGAAGGGCUUCGGGUUCUAGGAAAUCGCCGGGGAAAGCCCGCAGUGAAUGUGAUCAUUGAUGGCAUUCCUGCUUAUCUCCGACCUGGUUUUGUUCCUCCCAAAAAGCCUUAUGGCUUCGAGGCUUUGCAGAACGACGUUCUCAAUUUUGCAGUUCACUCCUUGGUUCCCAAUGGCCGUUUGUCAAUGUGGAUGCCCACAACAAACGACGAGAAAAUCGAGUUCCCUGUUCCCAUGCAUCAGAAUCUUGAGAUUGUCAGCAUCUCUACUCAGUCCUUCAACACCUGGUCUCGCCGACUUAUAACCUACCGCCGUCUGCCCGAGGGACAAUUGUCGGAUAUCACACUAGCCCGGAAAAAGAUUGACGACCAGGGUACUACUGCAGAUGAUCUUAAUGCAUUCCGGCGAGUGCAUAUGCUCAGAGGCCACGGCACUAGGGCUGAGAAGGACCAAAAAGAGACAGAAUAA